UCGAGAAGAGGCAGGCAGGCAGGUCGCGCAUGGCUGCCCGCGGCUCCGUCACGUCGGAGGCUCACUUCAUUUUUCCUUACUUUUUCACGACGAGCGUUACUUCCUCGUAAUUAUUUGUCAGUACACUUAUUCGGGCGUUAAACGGGUGCGGGUACACGCGUAGAGCCUGUCGCGACCUUACGACAGUCUAGCCAAGGUGUUGAAAUCGUUUCGCGAAGUAUUCCUUUCCUUAUUUCUACGAAAUCGUCACCAGCUACCCACAUACAUGUCGGCCAUUUUGCUGAACACUGGCCGUGAUCUGACAGCGGUGUCUUAAUGCAGUUUCCGCAGUCAUUACCCAACUUAUGCGAGGUUUUGGAGCACCUAAUUAAAUUAACCAAGUGCAAUUCUUACGGUGUAGAGUAUUAAUAAUAUAGACAACGAUGGCCACCGAUCAGCCGAGGGAGCGAGAAAUCGCUGCCGAAGACAGCAUUAAAGUUGUCUGCCGUUUUCGACCGCUCAAUGACUCCGAAGAAAAGGCUGGGUCAAAAUUUGUCGUCAAAUUUCCAUCCGGCGGAGAGGAGAACUGUAUUUCGAUUGGGGGCAAAGUCUACCUUUUUGACAAAGUAUUCAAACCAAAUGCAACGCAAGAGAAAGUUUAUAAUGAGGCUGCAAAGUCCAUUGUUUCUGAUGUCCUGGCAGGAUAUAACGGGACAAUUUUUGCUUAUGGGCAAACAUCAUCAGGAAAAACCCACACAAUGGAGGGAGUCAUCGGUGAUCCAAACAAGCAGGGCAUUAUUCCUCGCAUUGUUAAUGAUAUAUUCAAUCAUAUUUAUGCUAUGGAAGAGAACCUUGAAUUUCAUAUUAAAGUGUCAUAUUUUGAAAUCUACAUGGACAAGAUUCGAGAUCUUUUAGAUGUUUCCAAGGUAAACCUUAGCGUUCAUGAGGACAAAAAUCGUGUACCUUUUGUGAAAGGAGCAACUGAAAGAUUCGUUUCAAGUCCCGAAGAAGUAUUUGAAGUUAUUGAGGAGGGAAAAUCGAAUCGGCACAUAGCUGUGACAAACAUGAAUGAGCACAGUUCCAGAUCACAUUCCGUUUUCCUAAUAAACGUAAAGCAGGAGAACCUGGAAAAUCAAAAAAAACUGUCUGGCAAAUUGUAUCUUGUCGAUCUUGCUGGAUCUGAAAAAGUUUCUAAAACUGGUGCUGAAGGUACCGUACUAGACGAGGCAAAGAACAUUAACAAAUCACUAUCUGCUUUGGGUAAUGUCAUUUCGGCUCUUGCUGAUGGCAACAAAACGCACAUCCCUUACCGAGAUUCGAAGUUGACAAGAAUCUUGCAAGAAUCUUUGGGAGGAAAUGCCAGAACCACCAUUAUUAUCUGCUGUUCCCCUGCCAGCUUUAACGAAUCAGAAACCAAGUCUACGUUAGACUUUGGUAAACGUGCAAAGACUAUCAAGAAUGUCGUUUGUGUCAAUGAGGAACUGACUGCUGAAGAAUGGAAACGACGAUACGAACGUGAGAAGGAAAAAACAGCAAGGCUUAAGGGGAAAGUGGAGAAAUUAGAAGCCGAACUGUCCAGAUGGCGACAGGGUGAAACUGUGAAGAUCGAAGAACAAGUCAGUCUUGUCGAAGGUCCUGAUGUUACCACACCAGUUGCUCCAAUUAUUGAAACCAAAAUUGACGAUGGUCCUGUGCCAGCAACUCCUGGUGGUGGUUUAAUGGCUGGAUCUUUAUCUAAUGAAGAGCGACAGAAGCUAGAGGAAGAGCGUGAAAGAUUGUACCAGCAGUUAGAUGACAAAGAUGAAGAAAUAAAUCAGCAUUCGCAGUAUGUUGAGAAGCUAAAGGAGCAAAUGGAAGAACAAGAAGAGCUAAUUGCCUGCACCAGACGUGAUUAUGAGCAACUUCAGCAGGAAAUGAACAGAAUCCAACAAGAAAAUGAAAGUGCCAAAGAAGAGGUGAAAGAAGUCCUACAAGCUCUUGAGGAAUUAGCUGUUAAUUACGACCAAAAAUCCCAGGAGGUCGAAACUAAGAAUAAAGAGCAUGAAGCUUUGUCAGAAGAGCUUCUAGCUAAACAGGCAGCUUUGAACACAACUGCCUCGGAGUUACAACAACUGAGAGACAUGUCGGUUCACCAACGUAAACGUAUCACAGAGAUGCUAGCCAAUCUUCUAAAAGACUUGGGAGAAAUUGGUGUAGCUAUUGGUGGUGAUGAAAAUCUUAAGGUUACUCCAGAUAGCAAUGGUAAACUAGAAGAAGAAUUCACGGUAGCUAGAGUGUACAUCAGCAAAAUGAAAUCCGAGGUUAAGAAUUUAGUCCAACGUUGUCAAGGCCUUGAAAGUUUCCAAACCAAUUGCAACAAAAAAGUUUCGGACUAUGAAAAAGACUUGGGUGAGUGCCGACUACUGAUAUCUCAACAUGAGGCUCGUAUGCAGACACUUACGGAAUCGAUGAAAGAAGCUGAUGCCCGUAAACGUGCCUUGGAAGAAGAUGUUGAUGCAUUACGAGAAGAAUGUGCUAAGCUCAAGGCUGCUGAACAGGUGCAAGCAGUUAGCAAUAAAGAAAAGGCCGAAGAACAGGAAGCAGCUACUAAGAUGAGAGUGGCUCUUGAAGAACAAAUGGAUCAACUUCGAGGGGCACAUCAAAAACAAGUUGCCGCACUGAGAGACGAGAUAUCGGACAAGCAACAGCUUAUUGGAGAGUUGAAGGAUCUGAACCAGAAGUUCACAUUAGCUCAUCAACAAAUGCAAGCUGAUUACGAAAGAUUGAAACAAGAAGAAGCCGAUAAAUCCGUUAAAUUGCAAGAGCUUGUGUUGAUGAAUGAGCGACGUGAACAGGCCAGGAAGGAUCUGAAGGGCCUCGAGGAGACGGUGUCAAAAGAAUUACAAACAUUGCACAACUUGCGAAAAUUGUUCGUUCAAGAUUUACAAGCCAGAAUCAAGAAGUCUCUGACUGUCGAAGAUAACGAAGAUGACGGAGGAUCCCUUGCGCAAAAACAAAAAAUAUCUUUCCUUGAGAACAACUUGGACCAACUUACAAAGGUGCACAAACAAUUGGUACGCGAUAAUGCUGAUUUACGAUGUGAGUUACCAAAACUGGAAAAACGGUUAAAAGCCACACUAGACCGAGUGAAGGCAUUAGAAACUGCAUUACGAGAUGCCAAAGAAGGUGCUAUGCGAGAUCGCAAACGUUACCAGUAUGAAGUUGACAGGAUUAAGGAGGCUGUGCGGCAAAAGAACUUUGCUCGUCGAGGACCGAGCGCACAGAUUGCUAAGCCAAUUCGAGCUGGUCAGCACCACAUGGGUACAGGGAACAACCCUGUCAUUAGAACGGGAAAUAGGGAAAAUGAGCGUAAGACCGCUUCGAUUCAUGACGAAAAGAGAAGAAUAACAGAUGUGGGUAUAAUUUAUAAUACAUAAGGUGCUAACAAAAGAUAAGUCCAUAGAGAUGUACUGUAUCUGGGGAAAGCGCCGUUGAUUUUGUUCAUUUCUUUGAAUUGAAGCACAUGCUGGAUAGUGCUAUCUAAUACUAUUGAUGUAUAAUAAUAUAGUAUGUCCUAUUUCCAAUUAAUAUGGGUACAUAUACCGACUCGAUAUUUUCUUUGAACAUACGGCAGGGGACAAGAGUCGUAAUUAUCAUAUAAUGCAAUUAGAUUGAAAUGGUAGCUCACAAAACAAUAAAUUGCAGUUUCCAUUUUUACCUCAAUAUCGCGAAUUAUAUGUGUAAAUCAGCAAACACUCACUUUCGUUCGAACAGCAUUCGAGAAAUCAAUAGGUAUUAUUGUAAUUUUCGCAUCACCUUUAGAUUUUUGCUUCUUACUGAAAUUCUAUAAUGAGAUAUUUCUAAUUUUCUCCAUUUUCACUCUUCUAUAGGAAUAUUUUUCAGGAAUAUUUGAACACAUUAUGUCACAUUUUAAGUUUAUACAUUCGAAUGUACACAAUAGGACAUACGAUAUAUUGUGAGAUUGUAGGAGAAUGAUUGCGACUUAAAAUAUUUAUAAUGCUAAUAGUUUUUCCUAUGAUGGUUAUAUUAUUUUCAGCGAUUGUAAGUUUCUAUCGAUAAAUGCAAACCUUGAAUUAUUUUGGAUGGCUCACUUAGUGGGAACUAAGUGCAAAUAGCCUUUCCUCUGUGAUUUUACAUUCACGGUUUGAAUUUGUCCGAAGGAAUUUCGAUGCGCGUAGCAGUACUAUUUCUUUCUAGACUUAUUACCUAUAUUUUGUAGAGAUAUGAAAAUUCAAGGCUUUUUUGUUUUGUCUAUUUUUAUUACGUAUUUAAAUUAAUUUAUUAUCUAUUAUCUUUCUGUCCACGCUAGAGGCUCGCAAGAUUUGAUUACAUACAUACGCAAUGUAGGAAACUGUAAUAUUAGACCAGUGCGAAUGAAUAACAAUGAUAAUAAUCAUUUACUGAUUUCAACCAAACCAUAUGAUACAUGUAAAUGAACUAAAGAAUCCAUCCUUUGAGCCUUUAUAUUUAUAAUUUAACUUAUGCUCAUUUUGCACAGCUUUUUCCUUUUUGAACGAAUAUACAUAUAUAUUCUAUACAUGUACCUAUAUGAAAUGGAGGAACGCGUUGCUUUGCGUAAUCUACGAUAAUUUAAGUAGUAAUUUAAAAAAAAGAAAAUUUUAAAAAUCUUCUUUUUAUACAUAAUGGAGUAGUAACCCAGUUCCUAAAUUUGGUUACAGGCAUUAAGAUGAAUAUAAUUUACAUAACGAAAUAAUAAACAUUUCCUAUUAGUAAAAUUUAAAUUAUCUUUUCCAUCAAUAUAUUUCUUCAUUUUCGGCGAACAUGCUUUCAACGGAUUACACAUCAUAUGAAUGUAAGAGGGUAUUACAUUUUUUCUUAGCUUUGAACUUCAGCGUUUUAACUCCGUAAUAUUUCAAUUAAUAACUUCUACAGUUACGUGAAACACAUACUCGACGUAUUUUUCGAAAAAUGUGAAAAAACUACUUAAUAAAAUAAUCUAAGGUGAAAAACAGUCAGAGUGUAACAAUAUGACUGCAUUCUUGUUAGCAAUCAUCUUGUUAUUUUACGACUGUAAAUAAUAUUUAGAUAGAAAACAAAAAAAAAAAACCAAAAAGAAAAACUUCUGAACAAAACUUAAUCUAGGUCACUUGAUGAAGUUCGCUAUCACACAAAUAGUUACAUGAAAUUACCUACCUGACCAUUGAUUGGAAAGUAAUUUUCGGAUAUUUAUUUCGAAUAGUAUUAUUUUGAUUAUUCUGUUUCAGUUGAAACGAAAAUUAAAAAAUAAGGUUCUUUUGACACAAGGCAAACAUGAGGCGAACGAAGCUAACAUCGAAAGAUGUCUGGUCGAUGUGUCUGUACAUAAUCAUACAUCUGCUGAACUUACACAAUUCUGAACUCGAAAAUAAUGUCUGAACAAUGAAUUUUAAUCCGUAAUAUUCCCAUGCGUACAUGUAUGUGUGCAUAACUAUUGCUGAUCGUGCUUAAUGUUAACGUUUCAAAGUCUGUUAUAUGCUACAAAUAUAUUAGCGCAUCUAGGUACCGAUCUUUACUUUAUAUAUAAAUUAUUUAAGAUUUUUGUAUCGUUCACAAGUUUUCUAAUCCUUUAUUCGAGUGAAGAAAAACAUUAAAGAGAAUGCAAGAGAAAUUAAAGGAGGAGAGAUGGAGAGAGAACAAAACGUAGAACUAUUUUAGAGUUUCAUGUUCAGUCAAAGUGGGCAAUAACUGCUCCAAAAAAUCGUUAUACAGCAUCGUUCUCAUGCUUUGUGAUAUAUUUUUUUAUAGGGAAAAUUUUAGGCUUUGAAAUGUUGCAUUUCAUAAACCGUAGUCCCAGCAUCUAAUAAAUAAUUAGAAUAUAAACAUAUUAUAUGCUCCAUGGUGACUACAAUUAUUGUCAUAAUAAAAAGGUUAUUCAGAGGUUUGGAACUUUUUAACUAAUUCGUUUUAUCAAAACUUGGUGGGCACCAAUGCUUGAUCAAAUCGAAACAACUGUUUUGGUAUAAUUUUCUUUCAAGAAGUUAGUGCUCAUCAAACUUUGAUGAAACAGAAAGCUGCAAACUUUUGUCGAAACCUUAUGAAAAUAUAUAGCUACGAUUAUUUUUCAUAAUACAGCAAUACAAGUAUAAUUAUAAAUAAUAAGUCAUAUACCUACAUUGCAGUUGUAUCGUGAAACGAAAAAAAAAUUAUGAAAAAAUAAAUUAAUAAAUUUGCACAUUUAGUAUAAUGAGUCUGAAAACGGUGUUGAAGAAUAGAACAUCAAAUAACUGAGAGAUUGAUUAACACGUUGAGUGACCCCGUCUGGUGAAAGAAAACAUUAAUUUCUCGAAAUCCAUAUUGUACUCAAAUGUCCAAUUACGACUUUCCGU